GCAAUACAAACCUUGAAUCUGAGCAUCUAAACUGUUCUAAGAAGCUUCAUAUUUCAAUUUUUCCAGACACAGGAAAUGGCUUUGCUCAGAGGUCUCUUGGGUGCAAAGAAGAUUAUUAACUUUUCUGUAGUGGCUACAAGCAAAAGGACAGUUUCAGUGCCAAAGGGGUUUCUUGCGGUGUACGUUGGUGAAGACCAGGUGCAGAAGAAGAGAUAUUUGGUGCCUAUCUCAUAUUUAAACCAGCCUUCUUUUCAAGCUCUUCUUGGUAAAUCGGAGGAAGAAUUUGGAUUUGAUCAUCCAAUGGGUGGCUUAACGAUUCCUUGUCCUGAAGAUACCUUCGUCAAUGCGACUUCCCAGCUUCAGUGAUGAGGAAGAAAAAAACUGACAUUAGUUUAGCCUGAGUUAGAGAGAAAUUUAUUCAAUGUAUCUAUGUUAACGUUUUUCAUCACUCUUUGUGAAAUAGAGUUAUUCAAGAGGCUACAAAAUGCAAAUGUGUAUGUCAUAGUUACGUGUUAAAACAAUGGUUUCAAUUAUACAACAGCAGCAAGU